GACAAAACUUAAAAAAAAACAAAACAAAAAACGAAAAGAGAAAAAACAAAGACACAAAGCUAGUUUUGCGUGAUCAAGCUCCCAAGAACAGAACUUAGACCAUAAAAAAUAAAAUAAAAAUAAAAAAGCUCCCAAGAACACAACACAGAGAAAAGAAAAACCCUAGCUCUUAAGAUGUCUGGAGGUCGAUCUGAUGAAGACACUGUGAAUCUCAAAAUUCAGUUCAACAAGGAUGGAGUUCAAACUCUUUUCCGGAUUAAACGAAGCACCAAACUGCAAAAACUCAUGGCAGCAUUCUGUAAAAAUCGUUCCCUUGACCCCAAAUCAGUAGAAUUCACGUUUGAUAGCGUCCGACUUGAGAAGAACAAAACUCCGGAGCAGCUUGGAAUGGAAGAUGGUGAUUUGAUCGAUGCCCUUGUGUCCGGUGAUGGAGCUUGAAAAGUUAAAGUCAUCAUGUUAUAUAUGCAGGAAGGAGUUUGUGAAAAUUUAGAUAUGAGCUAGUAAAACUUUGGAUUUUAUUUUCUACUGCUGAACAUUAUUAGAUAUUGAGAUGGGUGUUAGUUAUUUGGAAAAACAGUUUGAACGUGAACCAUAUAUAGGAUAACAGCAGUCAAAAAAUCUUGCCAGUCCAGCCCAUUAGCCUUGGUGGCACUGGCCAGAUACUAAUAUGAUGUUUGUGUCUUUGUUCUUGCCCUGCUAAAGCUUGCACUAGCAAGUGUUGUUUCCUAAUCAGCAUUGAUUCUCUCCUUAUCUGA